CCUUCCAAAAUGACUUUCCGAGCUCUGGUUUUGUGUCUGGCUUGUGCUGGGCUUGGAAAGGCAAAUGUGGUUCCGCAGGAUGAACGCAAAAUCGUGAAGGUGGGCGACAGCGUGACUCUCAGUUGUGCCCUGAGAGAACCCAAGGAUGUUCUGCAAGUAACGUGGCAAAAGGACUCUGAAAAAUCACACAAUAAUAUAGCUACGUACAGUACCAUAAAAGGAUUAAAGAUUCACGAGCCCUAUGAAGACCGAAUGAAUUUCACAAGUCUGGUACUCAAUGAGACAAGCAUCACGUUCUGGAACACUAGAAUGGAUGAUUCAGGGUGUUACGCGUGUCUCUUCAAUACUUUCCCUUUUGGAUCCUUUUCGGGACGUACCUGCCUGAGCGUCUUUGGUCUCAAUGCAUCUGUCCAUUACAACAUUUCCGAAGGUCAUUUGACAGCCAUCUGUAAUGCCGUUGGCCUCCCAGAGCCCACCAUCACCUGGAACAACUUGUUCAAUUCUACUCCUACACAGGAGACUGUCAGGCACACCAAUGGGGUCGUGUCCAUCACCAGUAAACUGGAGAUCUACAACACUCAGAGCAUCGGUGAGGAGGACUUGGCCUGCAGAGUAAGCAACACGAAUGAAAAAAUGGAAUUGCCUGUGAAAAUGAAAGGAGAAGAGGGAUCCUCAUUGCUUUGGCUGACGAUUACUGUGGGGAUUUUAAUUGUCAUCAUAGCUCUGAUUCUGAUCACGCUGUGCUGGAGGAAGAGGAUAUGCAGGAGGGGUUGAAGUGACGAGUCACUGAUGCACGGAAACCAACGUUUUUUGUAGAGCCCAUGAUAAGGGUCCUAGAGGACUUCCAUUCACCUACCAGAUCAUUACAGCCCAGCAGCCUGAAGUCAACAUUACAAGCAAUGAUGUGACUGGCUGGAAAGAGCCAUAAAAGGGAAAUACUUCACAUACAUUACCCUAUCUAGAUGCCGAGUUGAUCACUGAAAAGACUAAUGCAAUGUUAUCUCAUGUAGACACACUUAAUCAUAAAACCUAGGACCAGAGGGACCACUUAGU